CACAUGUGCCUGUUUCCCCGCCUCAAAGGGGUUUGAGGUGGAGCAAGAGCGUGUGCGCUUGUGUGUAUUUGCCCUAUCAGUCAUUGAAGAGGACAGAGCCCCUGGUACAUUUAAAACAAAAUGGAACAAAAAACCUACUUUGAAUUGUCAAGGGGAUCCAAUGGAAAAUAGCUCUGAGAAAUAUUUCAUGCAGCAUACUUCUAAGUAUCAGUCAAACCUUUAUCUUGUAAGUCCCAUGAAGGUUCUUUUGUUCAUAUAAAUAAAAGGGUCUAAGGUUGGAUGAACCCCUUCAUACAAUGUCCAUCCUUCUCACCCUGAACUUUUCUUUAAAAUGGCCACUAAUUCUGAACAGAGCAUUUUGUCUAAAGCACUCAUAUAAUUUUUUAUUCCUUUGUUCCCCGUUUCAUUUCAUUUCAUAUCCAUUUGCCUCUGACUCUCAAGUUUCCAUCAGAGACCAGAAAUGAAAAGACUAUAUUUCUGGAGUAAACUGAUGUAAUAGUGUAUUUGAAAGUCUCUUGAGAAGUCCAGCUGCUGCAAUAUUGCCAGCCUCCUUCUAUAGGCUUAAGAAUUUUACCUGAUUCAGAUUACGUACAUAUAAGGCUCAGCAUGAGGUGCUUGAAAUGAACUUCCAAAUCUUUCUGACUCUCAACUCACAAGCAAUAAACAAGGUCUAAAGGGCUUUCAGAAAUCUCCCCUCAGUUUCUCCCUGACAGUGGUGUGAAAGGGCCCUACUAUAAAUGAGAUCCAGGCCCUAAUAAUCCUGACCUGAGAGGAGUAUAUCUUUGAUACACUGCAAGAACAUCACACUGAAACAGUGUAAGCAGAGAGGCUUAUGCAAUGAAUUCUGGUUGAGUUUUUACAGAACUGUGGUAUUAGCAAUGAACGUCCUUCAAUCUUUCGAAACCCUGGUGCUGGGAAUGUCACUGAUGAUUGCAACAAGUUUAGAAAAUAUAAACAGUCCUGAAGAAAAAAUGCAGACAUGCCCUCUCAUUCAGUGUGCUGUUCCUGGGAUCAAUGGUUUACCAAGCAGAGAUGGAAGAGAUGGCCCAAAAGGAGAAAAGGGAGACAAAGGAGAAGGAUUAAGAGGCCUACAGGGUUACCCUGGAAAAGCAGGACCUCCAGGAAUAAAAGGAGACUGAGGACCAAAAGGUGAGAAGGGGGAAUAUGCAACAAUGUUGCUGCCCCAGAUACUUGGAGCAGUGGUUGCUUUCCUAGUGGCAUGUCAUGCUGAGGAACCCUGUACUGGAAUUCCUGGAAUCCCUGGCACCCCAGGAACCAAUGGAUUACCUGGAAGAGAUGGAAGGGAUGGUAUGAAAGGAGAUCCAGGCCCACCAGGUAGUCAGGGCCCACCUGGUGGCAUGAUGGGUCCUCCUGGAAGAGAUGGGCUUCCUGGGUUAACAGGGCCCAAGGGUGACCAAGGCGAGAAGGGGGAAAGAGGGGAGCCUGGACAAAGAGGACUACCUGCUUCUUUUGACACUGAAUUACAUAGUAUCUUAAGUACCUUAAGACAUCACAUUGCUGCACUUGAAGGAGUCCUUGCUUUGGAAGGGACAAUUACAAGAGUGGGAGAAAAAAUGCUUGCUACCAAUGGAAAAGAAGUUGAUUUUGCAACCACAUUACAUGUGUGUGAACGAGCCGGUGGCUCUGUUGCAGCUCCAAGGAACGAAGAGGAGAACAAUGCUAUUCUAAGUAUUGUGAAACGAUUUAACAGAUAUGCUUACUUGGGCAUAAAAGAAACUCCAAUCCCAGGUGAAUUCAGUUAUAUGGAUGACACACCCCUGAAUUAUACAAAAUGGCGUCCAAGUGAGCCCAGUGGCAAAGGAGCACAAAAAUGUGUAGAGAUGUACACUGAUGGGGGCUGGAAUUACAAGAAAUGUAAUUAUUAUCGCCUCACAAUUUGUGAAUUUUAAGCUGUAAAUGGGCAUGUUUAUACGUUCAUUAAUGUGCAGUAGUUACUGUGCAUUUAAUUUAGUAUUUGCUUACUGAAGUAGUAACUAAAUGUGCAGUAACUUGUGCUACUGCACAGUAGUGCUGGCACACAGUUUUGUGUGUCACUUUUUGAGCAGUAGCCUAAUAACACUGUGCAGUAGCGUAUUAGCAUGGUUUUUGACCAGCAUGCUACUGCACAGUGUUAUUAGGGUACUGCUCAGUAAGAGUGUUGUGUAGAUGCACCCACUGUCUCAAUUAUUUGCGAGUGGGGAGGCCAUGUACUACACCCAUAUUUACCCAUAUAUAAUUUCUAUGAUUAGUCUAUAUGAAGAAAAUAAAAUCAGUAAAAUCAAGCUAUGAUAUUUUCCUUUCUAAUAGUUAUUAAGGAAGUAGUAGUUACAACGGGUGAUUGCCUUUAACACUGUGUCCAGUUUGAGAGGGUUCCUUGUAAACAUUCUGCUGUGGCUUGCCAGGCCGGAGGAAGAACCACGUGAGGAAUCUGGGGUUCACUCAGUCCAUGUGAGGAAUCUGUAGGUUUGUUGUAGCAAUAUGCCUGGAUAUGCAGCAGUAUCAUGCCAAAGGAACAGAUCUUAUGCUUGGAAAGUCAGUACUGGGAGGGGUGAGUGGGGCUUCAGCCUCAGGUACCUACUUAGAGAGUAUGGUCCUCUUCCCCCAGGAGUCAUAAGACAAGGUAUCUAAUGAGAGUUCAACAGUUCACCAUGCUUUGUGUCUAUCAUGUUCAACUACAUUUUUUCACGUUAUUAUCUCCCAUCAGUAAUAUUUAAAAAAAACAACAAACCAAAAACUCUGUAUAUUCUAUUACAAUGUGUUGGGGAUAUGUUUACUACUCUAAAAGAAAUGUUCUACAAGUAUACAAGGUGCGUAGUUGCUUCUCAUAUGAACAAUAUAUAAUAGUUUCUGACAUGUCGCCUCAUAUUUAAAAUCACAAUACAAACUUAUAACUUAGAUUAAAUGGACCCUGAGUGUCUUUCUAUUUUACUUCCUUUCUAUUCUUCACAAGUAUAAUUCCUUAUUAAAAAAAUAAAUAAAAGGAUAAGUAACAUUUUAUGAUCUCACAGACUUAUUUAAUUUAUUACGCAAAACCUUUUUAUAUGUACAUGAUAAAGAAUCAUCCAUAUCAUUAAAAACAUAACAUAAGAACAUUCCUUAAGUUUCCAUUUAGAUAUGAAAGCAUCUGUCAAAGAAUAUGCCCUAUGAAUUGGACAUAUUCUUCUUUUAAAUAUUAAUGGGGAGCAAUGGAAAUAUGCUGAAUUCCUUACUGACUAAAGAAAAUCUAGCCAAAAAAAACUGUGAAUCAAUCAGGUUAAACUCUCAAAUCUCUUGUAAUUACCAUGCCAGUCUACUGCCUGAGAGAGCAUUUCUGAGGCAAUACAUCCUUGAAGAAUGAUGAUUGCUUGCCAAUAAGGAGAUAGGGGCAGGGCAAGAAUGAGAACUGAAUAAACUGAUUCUCUUCAUCCUGUUUAAAGUACAGUUUAUUCUGAUAUCAUCAUUACUCCUUUAAUAUAUAUUUUAGUAUAUUGUAUGAGUGUAAUAUAAUAUAAAACAAUAUAAUGUAAUGCAAUGUAAUAUAUAAUCUCAGUGAUUUAAAAUAGCUUAACCAGUCAAAUGCUAGUAUAUUCUUAAAUUAAUUAAUACUUGUUUUCCUGCACAAAAGCAGUUGCUGGGACUGAGCUUUCAAGUCAGGGUGAGGAAAAAUAUCCCUCUCUCUCUCU